CGCAGCUUCCCGCAGCUUCACCGCCUCGGAAAGAGGAUUUUAACAGGAAAUUCGGACUCAGUCCGCCUCUCUGAGAUAAUGGCUCCCCGUUCGUUACGGUCCGUUCUGCAUUAAAGAACCUCCCCGAGGCAGGAAGAAGGGGAAUCCCUAUGGAUGAGGCAGCCGGACAGGAGAUGCCGCCGCUGGGUAUCCGACACCGGGAUGGAGCCACGAUGCGCCAGCGGAGGGUGAAAGCGAGGCGGAAACGGCGAAAGGAGCUGCUUUUCAUCCAGAUCUGUUUGUUCGGAGGAUUCCUGCUCGCUGCGAAGGGCUUCUCAUACUUAAAGGAUGAUCCAGAUUUUGACCUGUCGAUCGAGGGCCAGGAGAGACGCGUAGGACGAAAGCUCCUACAGGAGAUGUACAACAGCAGCCAGGAGGAAGUGGAGAUUGAUGAGGGACCAAAGAACUGCACCAUCCCAGCUCUCCACGAGUUUCCAACCGACUUGUUCACAAACAAAGCGAGAACUGAGGGAGCUGUGGCCCUACAUGUGCUCUGUACUGUCUACAUGUUCUGCGCUCUGGCGCUGGUCUGUGAUGACUACUUCGUCCCUUCCCUGGAGAAGAUCUGUGAGCGGCUCGAUCUGAGUGAGGAUGUGGCAGGAGCUACCUUCAUGGCAGCUGGCAGCUCGGCUCCAGAGCUCUUCACCUCCAUUAUCGGCGUGUUCAUCACCAAAGGUGACGUGGGUGUUGGGACAAUCGUAGGCUCGGCCGUCUUCAACAUUCUCUGCAUCAUCGGUGUGUGUGGCUUCUUCGCUGGCCAGGCGGUGAAACUGUCUCAUUGGGCUCUGCUCAGAGAUUCCAUCUAUUACACUUUUUCCAUCAUAGCGCUGAUUGUGUUCAUCUAUGAUGAGAAAGUGUGCUGGUGGGAAUCGCUGGUACUGAUCCUCAUGUACGCUGUCUACAUCCUCAUCAUGAAGUUCAACGGAAAGGCUCAUCGUUACUUCAGCCAAAGAAAGAAGGGCUCUGGGAACCUGGCGAACGGGCUGACGGGAAGCACGGAUCUGGAUGAUAAUGUCUCAUAUGAUGCGACUGCAGUUCUCCUCAAGAAAGCUAACUUCCACUGUACACCGUCGGUGCUGAUGGUGGAUGAGCUGCUCUCUGCAUACCCACACCAGCUGUCUUUCUCUGAGGCCAGCAUGAGGAUCAUGAUCACCAGUCAUUUCUCCCCCAGAACUCGCCUCACCAUGGCCUCCCGUAUGCUUAUCAAUGAGAGACAGCGGCUUAUUAAUACCACAGAGACCCGAGUCAACUGCAUCACCAACGGGGACUCAGACUCCGCUGCCCGAGCACUGGGGAGGCGGGGCUUAGAGAACGGGAUGAAUGCAGCUGAGCAGGGAUUCGUUGGGCGUUGCCGGCUGCAGCGGCUGGAGUCCUGUGACGAGAUGGAAAAUGAGGACAACCAGAACAACCAGAAUGAUGAGGAAGGAGAAGAAGAGGACAGCGAAGGCCCUCUGGUGCCUUUUAAAGUCCCAGCGGGGGUCUGCAACAAGCUGAAGUGGUUGAUCAUGUGGCCACUGUCCCUGCUCUUCUUCUUCACCAUACCCAACUGUGCCAAGCAGCGCUGGGAACGGUGGUUCAUGUUUUCCUUCUUCACUGCCACCAUCUGGAUCGCUGGCCUCUCGUACAUCAUGGUCUGGAUGGUGACUGUGAUUGGCUUCACCCUGGGCAUUCCUGAUGUCAUCAUGGGAAUCACCUUCCUGGCGGCGGGCACAAGCGUCCCAGACUGCAUGGCCAGCGUGAUCGUGGCCCGGCAAGGUAUGGGAGACAUGGCCAUCUCCAACUCCAUUGGCAGCAACGUGUUUGACAUCCUGGUUGGUCUGGGUCUGCCAUGGGCGCUCCAAACCCUCUGCAUCGACUAUGGCUCCAAUAUCCAUCUUAACAGCAGAGGACUCAUAUUUUCUGUAGGAAUUCUACUCGCAUCAGUAUUCUUCACG